UUGGUUCAUUCUGCAGUCAAUACAAAAUACAAAUACGAAGGAACCGUUCCUUGGUGCCGAGUUCUCAGGUCUUGGCCUCGCCCAAUUUCCACGCCUGGACGCCGCAAAUCUCACGCUCGGAUACGAAGAGGCGGUGGGGUUUGAGUCAAUGCUUGGUUGGAAGGAAUCCGAGUGAGAUUAAAGCCGCUUGAUAUUAAUCGUGUCUCGGAUUUUGUUGCUUCUUGUGGAAGCCAAAGCAAAUGGACUGUUCAAUCGGAUUGAGGUUUGCAACGUUUUUGGGGCUCUGGUUGCUGAUUUUCUCCCGAUCGGCGGUGGGGAGGUUUGUGGUGGAGAAGAACAGCUUGAAGGUGACGUCGCCGGAUAGCGUAAAGGGGAAUCAUGAUAGUGCGAUCGGCAACUUUGGAGUUCCUCUGUAUGGCGGAAGUAUGGCUGGAACGGUAGUGUAUCCGAAGGAUAAUAGAAACGGAUGCAAGGAUUUUGAGACUUCUUUCAAGGCAAAACCUGGGGGUUUGCCUAAUUUUGUUCUUAUUGACCGUGGAGAGUGCUUUUUUGCUUUGAAGGUUUGGAAUGCCCAAGCAGCUGGAGCGGCUGCAGUUCUUGUUGCCGAUGACAUUAAUGAGCAAUUAAUUACGAUGGACUCGCCUGAAGAGAAUCAGGCAGCUGAAAAAUAUAUUGAAAACAUAACGAUUCCAUCUGCAUUGAUUGACAAGACUUUUGGUGAGAAGUUGAAGAAAGCACUGAGUGAUGGUGAAAUGGUGAAUGUGAAUCUUGAUUGGAAAGAAGCUGUUCCUCACCCGGACGAUCGAGUGGAGUAUGAACUGUGGACAAACAGCAAUGAUGAGUGUGGGAUUAAGUGUGACAUGAUGAUGGAGUUUGUUAAGGAAUUCAAAGGCGCAGCCCAAAUUCUCGAAAAAGGUGGAUACACUCAAUUUACACCUCACUAUAUUACAUGGUACUGCCCUCAGGCAUUUAUUCUAAGUCGACAAUGCAAGUCUCAAUGUAUCAACCGCGGAAGAUACUGUGCCCCUGACCCCGAGCAAGAUUUCAGCUCUGGUUACGAUGGAAAGGAUGUGGUUGUUGAAAAUUUGCGCCAGCUGUGUGUGUUUAGAGUGGCCAAUGAAACGAAGAAGCCAUGGAUCUGGUGGGACUAUGUUACCGAUUUCCAAAUUAGAUGCCCCAUGAAGGAGAAGAAAUACAACAAAGAAUGUGCUGAUGGUGUCAUCAGAUCUUUAGGGCUCGAUUUGAAAAAAAUUGAGAAAUGCAUGGGCAACCCCGAGGACGAUUCAGAGAACCCCGUUCUGAAGGAAGAGCAGGAUGCUCAAGUUGGAAAAGGAUCACGGGGAGAUGUUACCAUAUUGCCUACACUUGUUGUGAAUAAUCGACAGUAUCGAGGGAAGCUGGAAAAGGGUGCAGUUUUGAGGGCCAUAUGCUCAGGCUUUGAGGAAACGACAGAGCCAUCUGUUUGUUUAAGUGAGGAUGUGCAAACGAAUGAGUGCUUGGAUAACAAUGGUGGCUGCUGGCAAGACAAGACAGCUAAUAUUACAGCUUGCAAGGACACAUUUAGAGGACGAGUAUGUCAAUGCCCUGUGGUUAACGGUGUCCAAUUCAAGGGCGACGGCUAUAACUCGUGUACUGCAAGAGGACCCGGGCGAUGCAAAAUCAACCACGGAGGCUGUUGGCACGAAAGCAGAAACGGGAUCACCUUCUCAGCUUGCGUGGAUGAAGAGGAUGGUAAAUGCACAUGUCCUCCCGGAUUCGAAGGCGAUGGCAAAAGUUGUAAAGACAUCGAUGAAUGUAAGGAUAAGAAAGCUUGCCAAUGUCCGGAAUGCCAUUGUAAGAAUACGUGGGGGAGCUACGAGUGCAGCUGCAGCGGGGACCUUCUAUACAUCAAAGAACACGACACCUGCAUAAGCAAAAGAUCAGCUGGUGUGAAGUCUGCCUGGACUGUUGUCUGGAUUAUUAUGCUCGGGUUAGCCGUGGCAGGUUGCGGGGCGUAUCUUGUGUACAAAUAUAGGAUCCGGUCAUAUAUGGAUUCGGAGAUACGGGCGAUAAUGGCGCAGUACAUGCCGCUAGACAGUCAAAACGGGGUUGUGCAUCACGCGACCGAAGAUCAUGCUUGAUGAUGACACAUUUGUUUCCACGUACAAUACAAAACAAUGCACUUUUUUGAAGGUAGAUUUAUUAUAUACAGUCAGUGUUUUUGUGUAUUUUCAUUGUCCUACUUUUUCUUCCAUUGUUGGAACAAAGCACAGAAAAAAAGAAAAAAAGGGGUUUUUAAAGGUUUAUGUUAGACUCUGCAAUUUAAAUUGUUGUUUGUUAUUAUUAUGUGGAUCGCUCUCUCUAUCUCAUCAUCUGUAAAUAUAAUGAUUCAAAUAAAUGGUUUCUUGAGUCGAUUA